UAGGUAGCAUGGUAUUGAGUGAACAUAAUUUAGUGAAACUUGAGUUUCUCAUAAAUAUACCUUCUAUUUAUUACCUCUAUUUCCAAACCAUGCAGCUUUUGGUUUCCAAUUUCCAUCUUCUUAUCUAUGUUUUUGUUUUUAUGGGCUCUGUUUUUGAGUUGGGAUGCGCGUCUACACCUUCGCAGCUUCAGUUGGAAGCAAGCGCUGUAAUCAAUAGCGGAUGGUGGAAUCUGUCGCAUUCACAGUCACUUCAUAUAUGUUCAAAGAUUGAUGGUAUACAUUGCAAUGAUGCUGGAAGUGUAACUCGUAUAACAUAUAAGUAUUCCAAACAACCGAUUGAAUUAGCAACACUAAACCUCCCUGCUUUCAAGAAUUUGGAACAUCUUGAGCUCUCCUAUAUUCUAAAAGGUACUAUUCCAUCUGAAAUUGGAAAUAUGUCAAAUCUCCGUCAUCUAGAUUUCUCUUACAAUUUUCUUCAAGGUGAAAUACCUCUUACAAUAGGAAAUCUUUCAAAACUCACUUUUCUUAAUUUAUCCUUCAAUUAUCUUCAAAGUCAAAUACCUCCAUCGGUAAAAAAUCUUCUAAAACUUACUUAUUUUGAUUUAGCCUUCAAUUCACUUCAAGGGGAAAUACCUCUAUCAAUAAAAAAUCUUUCAAACCUCAGUUAUCUUAAUUUAAUGGGGAAUUCUCUUGAAGGUGAAAUACUUCCAUCAAUAGGACAUCUUUCAAAACUCAAUUAUCUUAAUUUAGCCCGGAAUUCUCUUCAAGGUCAAACACCUCUUACAAUAAGAAAUCUUUCAAAACUCACUUAUCUUGAUUUAUCCCACAAUUCUCUUCAAGGUCAAAUACCUUUAUCACUAGGAAAUCUUUCAAAACUCACUUAUCUUUAUUUAUCCCACAAUUAUCUUCAAGAUAAAAUACCUCCAACAAUAGGAAAUAUUUCCCAACUCACUUACAUUGAUUUAUCUUACAAUUAUCUUCAAAGAGAAAUACCUCCAUUAGGACAUCUUUCCAAUCUCCAUCAUCUUGAUUUAUCCCACAAUUCUCUUCAAGGUAAAAUACCUCCAUCACUAGAAAAUCUUUCAAAACUCACUUAUCUUGAUUUAUCCCACAAUUCUCUUCAAGGUCAAAUACCUUCGUCACUAGGAUAUCUAACCAAUCUAUUGACCCUAAUAAUCUCUAACAACAAAAUCAAUGGAACCUUUCCCAUUUCACUUUCAAACAUCAUGCACCUUCAAAAUAUUGACAUUUCACACAAUCUACUAACUGGUUCCCUCGAACCUUUCUUAGUUGGACAUUUUCCAUUCUUGUAUGGUCUGGAUCUAAGCUACAAUUGUCUUUCCGGAGCGAUUCCUAUGCCUCUUGAUAGUAUCUAUGACAUGAACCUUUCCUUCAAUAAUUUGAGUGGUCCUAUUCCAAGUGGUGUAAAUCCAUAUGCGCUAAUUGGGAACAAGGAUGUAUGCAGCAACAAUACAAAUAUACAAAUCAAAUACCAAUUUCAGCCUUGUUCAGUCAACCAGAAGAAACGAAGGCAGCUGGUCAUAAUUCUUUCCAUCACCAUAUUUCUAAUCAUGGCCUUCUUACUACUUUUAUAUCUGGGGCACAGCCGCAUUGCAAUCAAGAACAAACAUGCAAAGAUAACUGAAACAUCUAAGAAUGGGGACAUGUUCUGCAUAUGGAACUACGACGGAAGCAUAGCCUAUGAAGACAUCAUUACAGUAACUGAAGACUUUGAUCUUAAAUAUUGUAUCGGAACAGGUGCGUAUGGAAGUGUCUACAAGGCUCAAUUACCAAGUGGAAAGAUUGUUGCGGUGAAGAAACUCCAUGGCUUUGAAGCAGAGGUCCCCACUUUUGAUGAGAGUUUCAGAAACGAAGCCAAAGUAUUAUCGGAAAUAAAGCACCGACAUAUAGUCAAGCUCCAUGGAUUCUGCUUGCACAAAAGAAUAAUGUUUUUGAUUUAUGAGUACAUGGAGAAAGGAAGCUUGCUUUCUGUGUUGCGUUAUGACAUGGAAGCAAUAGAAUUUGACUGGAAAAAGAGGGUUAACACAGUGAAAGGAACUGCACAUGCUCUCUCAUAUCUCCAUCAUGAUUGUGUCCCUCCAAUAGUGCAUAGAGACAUAUCAGCAAGCAACGUCUUGCUUAACUCCAAGUGGGAGCCCAUUGUUUCCGACUUUGGCACUGCCAGAUUUCUAAACUUUGAUUCAUCCAAUCGAACUAUAGUUGCUGGAACCAUUGGAUACAUAGCACCUGAGCUUGCGUAUACAAUGGUUGUGAAUGAAAAGUGUGAUGUGUAUAGCUUCGGAGUGGUGGCAUUGGAGACUUUGAUGGGAAAACAUCCAAAGGAAAUACUCUUAUCACUUCAAUCAACUUCUACUCACGAUGACAUCAAAUUAUGUGAAAUAUUGGAUCAACGCCUCCCACACCCAACAUUUUCAAUUUUACAAGACAUAGUUGUUGUUGCCAUUGUGACUCUUGCAUGCUUAAAUCCCAACCCUUGUUCUCGUCCAACAAUGAAACACAUCUCUCAAUGUUUCCUUAGUCAGUUCACACCACUAAGCAUUCCUUUACAUCAUAUUUCGUUGCAACAACUCAUGAGUCAAGAACUCAGACACUCCUUGAAAUUGUGAACUAUCUGAAAUUGUUGAGCAAAAUUUUAGAUUGUAACAACUUUCAAUGAAAAUUCUGUGGUUGUUUAUCACAUUAAUAGCUAGAAAAAAAUUUCAAGUUAUGUUUA